AUGUCAAGUAGUUCAAGUUCAAAGAAGACAAAAGCCGAGGAUAAACAACCCAAUCUUUGUGAAUUCUUGUUUAAAAGAAUGAAAUCCCAAGGAUCAUUUAACGAAACCAAUGACUCUCCUCCUUCUCCUUUAAGUUCCCCUCCAACUCAAGAUGUUAAUAUGGAAGUAGGUGGUUCAAGUGCUUGUGAUGAACCAUUGGAUGAUGAUUGUGAUGAACCAUUGGAUGAUGAUUGGGUGUAUGAUGUUGAACUUCUUCCUCAUGACCCGGGAUUGAGAAAAAACAUAAUGGAUUAUCCCCCAAAUGAAAGAAAUCCGGUUAGGAGAGCUUAUAUUCUUAAAAAACCUUGCCAACCAAAAACACAUGUUUUCCCUCAAAAACAAGUAGGUGGUUUACGCCGUUUUAGUGUCAAUUGGUUCAAAAAAUGGGAUUGGCUUGAAUAUAGUGUUGAAAAAGAUGCCGCAUUUUGCUUUGCUUGGUUUAAAUGGUGGAAUAAACCGUAUAGGUUUCAAAAGCAUGUUGGUGGAAUUAAAAGUGCUCAUAUUGUUGCUCAUGAGAAAUAUGUGAAUCUAAGAGAUGCAAAAAAGACAUCAAUUGAAGUUGUCUUUGAUAAUGCGAGUCAAGCUCAAAUGGAUUCAUAUCAUAUUCGUUUGAAUGCAUCCUUAACUUGUUUGAGAUUUCUUUUGGGCCAAGGUUUGGCAUUCCGGGGACAUGAUGAAAGUGAGGAGUCAAAUAGUAGAGGUAACUUUCUUGAGCUUUUGAAGUGGUUAGGGGAGAAGGUUGACGAAGUCAAACAACAUAUCAAUUCUCUUUCCAUGAUGCUUGUUGAAACAAAGAGACAUGAGACAUUUCCUCUUAUACAUUUGCUAAUCAAGUUGAUGUUGAUUCUUCCCGUUGCUACGGCAAGUGUAGAAAAAGUGUUUUCCGCAAUGACAUAUGUCAAAAGUAAGUUGAGAAAUAGUAUGGGUGAUCAACUUAUGAAUGAUUGUUUGGUAACUUUUAUUGAGAAGGAAGUGUUUCUACAAGUUUCCGAUGAAAUGAUUAUUGAUCGUUUUAAAAGUAUGAAAACUCGAAGGAUGAAUUUGUAA